CGUGGGAGAGCAGAGCAGCAAGGUCGUUCUGGCAAGGUCGUUGUGGCAGGAACAGCCAGUAGGAGGUUCUGGCUGAGAGCUCCCCUGAGGCAAGCUGGCCCAACCAGCCACAACACACAGGACUGGGCUGCAGGAACAGCAUCACCAGCAACAUGUCAUCAGUGCCUAAGACCGAGGGAGCCUCUGACGCCUUCACUCCAAAGGGCAUCAUCAUCCCAGAAAGAGAGAAACCUGGACACUUCAACCAAAAAGAUGACCUGCAGCAUGAUCUGCCAGAAGAAGCCACAGUUCUUGGUGCCUUGCAGAUCCUGUGUUGCCUGUUGAUUUCAAGUCUGGGGGCCAUUUUGGUUUCCAGUUCCGAAUCUUCCCACUUCAGCCCAGCAAUUUCCACCAUUGUGAAGUCCGGGUACCCAUUUUUAGGAGCUCUGUGUUUUGCUAUUACCGGAACCCUCUUCAUUAUCUUUGGAAAAAAAUCAACUAAGCCCUUGGCCAUGAGCAGCCUGACCGCAAGUGCAGUGAGCUCUGUGGCUGCUGGAGUAGGCCUCCUCCUCCUCGCUGACAGCCUGGUGGCCCUGGGGAACGCCUCUCAGCAGUGUGACUCAGAAAAAGAUUACCUAGCCUCAUUGACUUAUUCAAUAUAUGAAGCCAAGGAGUGUCUCCUGACUGGCGUCAGUCUAACAGGCGUCCUGGUGGUGAUGCUUACCUUCACAGUGCUGGAGCUCUUACUAGCCGUGUAUGCUUCUGUCUUUUGGUGGAAACAGGUCUACUCCAACAACCCCGCGUUCAUCUAUCCAUAAAUAAGAAGAAAAAUGUGCACUCUUGAGCUAGUGUGAACUGGCUAAGUCCAGUGGCUCUGCAGGCCCUGUUUCCGUAAUGUUUUCAUACUCAUAUUGCUUAAAUAUUAGACAUCAGAGAUUUCAAGAACAUUUUAAUUAAAAAAUACUUU